AUGAACACCCUGGUGACUGUUUUUGCCGGGAUCCCGCUAGAAGGACUCCACGGCUGGAAGCGCACGGCGUUUAUCUUCGAGGCCAGCGUGAUCUGUGGCGCAUUGUGGCACAUGACCUUCAGGCCUCACGACUCGAGCUUGGUGGGCAUGUCGGCCGGCUGCUAUGCACUGAUGGCCAUGCAUAUGGCAGACGUAGUGAUGAACUGGAGCCAGCACAAGUGGCGCUUCCCUCGUGUGUUGCUGCUGAUUGUGAUGAUCGUCUUGGAUGUGGGGGCUGGCAUGCUGGCGAAGCCAGACGACGUGACUGGUCAUGCGGCCCACUUCGGAGGCUACCUCUCAGGCCUCAUCUUCGGCGUUUGGUUUGUGCGCAACAAGAAGGUCACAAAGUGCGAGCAAGUGCUCAAGGUGGUCAUGUUGCUCAUUGGCCUCGGAUGUUUAGGCUUCUGCUUCUACAGGAUCAGUUUGUGGGCGCCUUCAUCCCUUUGGGAUGACGGGGUGCCCUGGUGCUGGGCUCGUCAGGCGUACUCCUACACCUACUUCGGAGACCAGGAGUGGCACUGCCUCCGCUGCCCGGACGACGAGUGUGCAGCUGGCUUCGAACUGGUGUUGUCGGCCAGCCUCAGCCCAGUCAGCUACAUUGCCUGCGGCAUGGCUGCAUUCAUCCAUCGGAAACUAUUCAGAUUUGGGGUUUCAUGA